GUCUACUUCCACAUGACCACGCUGUCGUCGCCCGCCCAGCCGGGGGACACGUCGCUCGAGGUGCUCGACGGAGGCGCGCUGGUCGCGGGGCAGGAGGUGAUCCUCUCGGACCUGCAGGGCGAGAGGCUAGACGAGACCGCCGACAUGGACACGAUUAUUGCGAGGAUGGCCACCGAAGGCCACAACGCCACCACGGUGCGGGUGGCCUCGACGGAGGGCCAAGGCGGCUCCACCCUCGUCAAGCUUCAGGCGGCCCUCAACGAGAGCUUCCCGGCCGGCUCCUACGUCGGCUCGCACGCGUGCAAGACGAACGCCACGGAUGUGGUGCUCGGCUCCGCGAUGCCGGCCGCGCCCGCCGUCGGCGCCCAGGGCGGCAUGCCCUGGUGGGUCUGGGCGGCGCUCGUGGCCCUCGUCCUGGGUUGCACGAUGCUGCUGGUCUCUGCCCUGCUCAAGGCGAAGAGCAGAAGCAGGUCUGCCAGGAACGCCACCCGACGAACCCGGAAGGUGGAGGCAUUCGACGAGGAAGAGGAGGCCGAGCCCAUGCUGCCGAAGACGGAGGCGGCGCAGGAGCCCCAGCAGCGGGCGCAGGCCGCCAGCAGCCUGGCGAGCGACCCGCGGCUGAUGCCGCGGGUGCUGACGAUGCCGGGCCUGCCGCGAAGAUAG